AUGCCGGUGAGAAGGGGCCAUAUGGCGCCCCAAAACACUUUUUUGGACACCAUCAUUCGAAAGUUCGAGAGCCAGAACAGAAAAUUCAUCAUUGCCAACGCCCAGGUGGAGAAUUGUGCCAUCAUCUUCUGUAACGAUGCCUUCUGCGAGCUGUGCGGAUACACUCGAGCGGAGGUGAUGCAAAAGGCCUGCACCUGCAGCUUUUUGUACGGACCCCUCACCAGAAGACCGGCCGUGGCCCAGAUGGCGAAAGCUCUACUCGGAGCCGAGGAAAGAAAGGUGGACAUCACGCUCUACAACAAAGAAGGAAUGUCUUUUCCCUGUUUAAUCGACGUGGUCCCCGUAAAGAACGAAGACGGUCGGGUCAUCAUGUUCAUUCUGAAUUUUGAGCUCCCGACGGACAGCCACCCAGUCAACAGCUCUCCGUCCAGAGAUCUCAGCCGAGCGCUGCGAAUCCCUUGGCUGACUUUGGCUCGAAGGCAACGCCUCCAUGUCCUCCUUCGCUCCUUCAAACCCGGCGUGAGCGUCCUGACGCAGGACGCAGAACUCAGCGACAUUCCUCCCCUGGGGCACGAGUCGGUGGCCCUGGAAAAACUGCUGUCCCUCCCCGAAAGGCAGCAGCUUCAGGAGGCUGGAUCCCAGUUGCUGCUGUGGGAUGAAGAAGAGGCUGAAGAGGAAGGAAGAUGGCAAAGAGCAGCGGGAGGAGAUACGGACAACUUCGUGACCGCUAGGCAACAAAGUGAGGGGGACACCGAGAUGAGAGAAGGCGAUAUUUUGGCCUCAAAAUGGGAAAUGAGAGCAGAAGGUGAAAGAAGGGGUAGACGCCCCCACGCUGGAACUUUGGCACCGCUAACACCAGCUGAGCUGCCCGUGGGGUCUCCAUGUGCCACCACAAGCUGUGGGAGUUUAAAACUUUCCUCCUCGCUGGAUGAUAUCAAGAAUGAGCAAAGUUACUGUGAAAAGUCGCUCCAGUUUCGACACAGCUUUUCAGCAACCAAUAGAAAGAGCAGUGCACCUGCUGGGACAUCUGACACUGAUGUAGGUUGUAGGACCAAUAGUCAGGUGAGCCACAGUUUACUGGACUCCAAAUCAGAUGCUUUUAUGUCACUUCCUCCGGGAGAAAUCCUGCCUCCGUGCAAAUUGAUGGGCAGAACGCACCAUGUCACUGAGAAAGUAACUCAGGUGCUCUCUCUGGGUGCUGAUGUGUUACCCGAGUACAAAUUGCAGACUCCCCGGAUCCAGAAGUGGACCAUCCUCCACUAUAGUCCAUUCAAAGCUGUUUGGGACUGGGUCAUCCUACUCCUAGUCAUUUACACAGCAAUAUUCACUCCUUACUCAGCGACUUUUUUACUCAGCGACCAGGAAGAAGCAGCCAUGCAAACGUGCGGUUACUCCUGUUCUCCACUCAAUGUCGUGGAUCUUAUUGUGGAUAUCAUGUUCAUCGUUGACAUUAUAAUCAACUUCAGGACCACCUACGUUAACUCCAAUGAUGAGGUGGUGAGCCAGUCUGCACGGAUCGCAGUGCACUACUUCAAGGGCUGGUUCCUCAUCGAUAUGGUGGCAGCCAUUCCCUUUGACCUCCUCAUCUACCGCUCAGGAGAGGAGGUGGUUAGGGGAGAGGGAGAGACGACCACCCUCAUUGGCUUACUGAAGACAGCUCGCUUACUGCGAUUGGUCCGCGUGGCCAGGAAGUUGGAUCGUUACUCCGAGUAUGGUGCGGCUGUCCUCUUUCUCCUCAUGUGCACUUUUGCGCUCAUCGCUCACUGGCUCGCCUGCAUCUGGUACGCCAUCGGAAACGUGGAGCGCUCGACUUCCGCCGGGAUCGGCUGGUUGGACACUCUGGCCGAGCAGCUGGGAAGGCCGUACAACGACUCGGUGGAGGGAUCGGGUCCCUCCAUACGGGAUAAAUACGUGACGGCGCUUUAUUUCACCUUCAGCAGCCUGACCAGCGUGGGCUUCGGGAACGUGUCUCCCAACACCAACUCGGAGAAGAUCUUCUCCAUCUCUGUCAUGCUUAUUGGCGCUCUAAUGUAUGCGAGCAUCUUUGGCAACGUGUCAGCCAUUAUUCAGCGCCUUUACUCCGGUACGGCGCGCUAUCACGCUCAGAUGAUGAGAGUUCGAGAGUUUAUCCGCUUCCACCAGAUUCCCAACCCUCUGAGACAGAGGCUAGAGGAAUACUUCCAACACGCCUGGUCCUAUACGAACGGAAUAGACAUGAAUGCCGUUCUAAAAGGAUUCCCAGAGUGUCUUCAGGCAGAUAUUUGCCUCCACCUCAAUAGAUCUCUGCUGCAGAACUGUAAAGCGUUCCAAGGAUCCACUCAGGGCUGCCUGAGGGCCUUGGCCAUGAGAUUCAAGACCACCCACGCUCCACCUGGUGAUACCCUUGUACACGCUGGAGACCUGAUAUCAGCCUUAUACUUCAUCUCAAGAGGAUCUAUAGAGAUUCUGAGAGGAGAUGUCGUGGUUGCUAUUCUCGGAAAGAACGAUAUAUUUGGGGAGCCAAUCAAUCUUAGUGCUCUACCAGGAAAAUCCAGUGCAGAUGUCCGAGCUUUGACCUACUGUGAUCUUCACAAAAUACGCCGAGAUGAUAUGCUGGAGGUUUUGGACAUGUAUCCAGAAUUCUGUGAAUAUUUCUGGUCCAACUUGGAGAUCACAUUCAACCUCAGAGAUGUGAAUAAUGAACCUGCUGGAUUAUUGAGUGGAGAAGACUCAGACUGUGAGGGCAAAGCACAAUGGAGAAAACACAGCCAUUAUUCCAUUCAUUCAGGUGACCCCAGGAGACCCCAAACUUCCUACAGAUGCAUUCGAAGACACAGUAAUAUGGACCACUACGAACCUGGCCACAGCAAAGACGAUCAGAAACAGACACUAUUUGGUCCAGGAUUCUCCAGUGAGGAGGUGGAAGAUUCUGAACUUGCCAGCCCAGUUCAAAUCUCCAUGGCUGACGCCGGACCCUCAAAAACCAUGAGGUGUCCAGAACUUGACAGGAGUGACAAGGCCCAUAAUCCUUUAAGAGGAGUUUCCACCAUCUUUCCGUUCUGGGGAAGCGAAGAUCCAAAAGAGCAACAAUAUGAGGAGGUCCCCUGCAUCCGCAGUCCCCCGUCGCCACCUCCACAACCUCGCUGCUAUCAGACAUCCGAGGCGCCUUCUUCUUCUCACUGGGGUACCUCCGCACCGCCUUCUCCGCCCCUUCGCAUCUGUGACAGACGGAAGAAGGAGUUGGAGAACAAACUGGAGACGUUGCAGCAACAACUCACCAGGUUGGAAUUACGCAUGUCAGCAGACAUCGCGGUCAUCACGCAGCUUCUACAGAGAAAUCUUUCAGCAGUCCCAGCCUUCUACAAUACAUCACCCGCAACAUCCAUUUCUUCUCCCAAUGAAUCUGCUCCUCGACCAUUUCCAGGAUUGCGUGUGGUAGUCCUGCAGACAAGUGGAAAUGCUGUGCGACGGCCCCUCCCCAGCCAAUUGGGGGGGUUGGCCAGUGCAGCCAGCCCCUCCUCCCACAGCUCCAGCAAGGAGGCCGCCGUCGUCCUCCUGGGACCCAGGGGAAAGGAUGAGGGGACGCACCAUCGCCCACCCACCCGGCUGACCAGCAACUGCAGCAAGCCUCCAACUGACACGGCACACCGCUAG